ACUUGACUUCGCAUCCGUACAAAACCCAACUCCUAGCUCUCACCACCUCUGAUAGUCUCACAUACUCUUUGACUUUAGACUAUCUCUUUCUCGAUCUCUCUAUCUGUAUUCCCAGACCCAAUGGAGGUCGACACACAAAGGAUUUCUAACUGUAACUUCGAUCCCAACUCCAAUCCACCACCAUUCUCUUACUCCGUCAACCUCGCUGCUUCCGAGUUACGGGGCUCCGAAAUGCUCAACUCUCCGCCGCCCGAUCGACGUUCUCAAUCCGACGGUGAACCGGCCAAUGAAAAGUCCAGUGCGGCCAUGAAGCUGCAGAAGGUUUAUCGGAGUUAUCGCACCAGGCGCAUGUUAGCCGACUCCGCUGUAGUUGUGGAAGAACUCUGGUGGCAAGCGAUCGAUUUUGCUCGAUUGAAUCACAGUACGAUUUCAUUCUUCAAUUUCUCCAAACCAGAGACCGCAGCUUCUCGCUGGAGUCGAGUCAGGUUGAAUGCUUCCAAGGUUGGUAAGGGUUUGUCCAAGGACGCCAAAGCACAGAAAUUGGCUUUCCAACACUGGAUUGAAGCUAUUGAUCCGAGGCAUCGUUAUGGGCAUUCCUUGCACAUAUAUUAUGAAGAGUGGUGUAAAACAGAUGCUGGCCAACCGUUCUUCUAUUGGUUGGAUAUUGGAGAUGGCAAAGAGGUUGAUCUUAAAGAAUGUCCAAGAUCAAAGCUUCGGCAACAAUGCAUCAAGUAUCUUGGACCUCAAGAGAGAGAAUAUUCUGAAUAUAUUGUUGUGGAGGGGAAAAUAGUGCACAAACGAUCUGGAAACUUUCUUAAUACAAACAAAGGAAUGAAAUGGAUAUUUGUGAUGAGCACCUGCAAGAAACUUUAUGCUGGUCAGAAAAAGAAAGGAAUAUUUCAUCAUUCCAGCUUCCUUGCUGGAGGGGCUACUAUAGCUGCUGGAAGGCUUGAGGCAGAGGAUGGAACACUUAAGUCCAUAUCACCAUACAGUGGACAUUACCGCCCAUCUACUGAAAGCCUUGAUGGCUUUUUAUCAUUUCUGAAGGAAAAUGGAGUCAAUCUUGAUGAAGUUGAAAUACACAAAGCCAAUGAGGAUUACGAGAACUUUGAAGAGAGCAAAUCGAUCAAAGAAGAGUUUGCAGCUGAACUUUUAACAAACUCAGAACCCCCUCAACCUGAUACUUCCAUGGAAGAGAAAACAGAUGUAUCCACGGAACUGAGAGUGGCUCUGCAAAUUGAUACCAAGAACAAUUACAAAAGGACUCUUUCUGGUGGUCUUCAGAGCCCAAGAGCUGAGGUGCCCAAGACAGCUAUAUUGGAAAGAAUUAAUUCCAAGAAGGCAGCCAGGUCAUACCAGUUAGGUGAUCAACUGUCACGGAAAUGGUCAACCGGUGCUGGUCCAAGAAUCGGUUGUGUUGCUGACUAUCCUGUGGAGCUGAGGGUACAAGCCCUCGAGUUUGUUAACCUCUCUCCAAGAACGCCGCCAACACCGUCAACCUACAGGCGUAUGGGUGGUCUUGUAUCGCCUACCGUGUGUCCUGAAUCGGAUCUCUAUAAUAAAGGUCAUUCAAUCUCCACUGUCUAGAUCUGUAUUUUCUUCCACUUCCAACUUUUCAUGCUGCAUGCUUCGAGGCUUUUAAUGUGUAAAAUGUAAAUUCCUUAUGUCUGUAUGUCACUUAAGCCUUUUUAAGCUAAUACUAGUCUCAUCUUAAUUUCAUCUAAUCUUGGUACAAAUUUGCAUUAA